GGUGCCUUCGCUGCUGCUGCCACCGCCGGGAGCCAGUCGGGAGCGUACCAGGCUCUGGAAAACCGAGGUCCCCCUCCGCUAAGAGCGUUUACCUGCAACGCAGCUACCAUGGCGCUCCUCCUGUGCCUCGUGCUCCUGUGCGGGUUCGCGGAUUUCAUCAGCGGGUUGAGUAUCGCUAUUCCUGAUGAACAGAAGAUCGAAAAAGCUAAAGGGGAAACCGCGUACCUACCAUGCAAGUUUACCCUUAGUCCUGAAGACCAGGGACCUCUGGACAUUGAAUGGCUGAUAUCCCCGUCUGAUAACCAGAAGGUGGAUCAAGUGAUUAUUUUGUAUUCCGGAGACAAAAUUUACGAUAACUACUAUCCGGAUCUGAAGGGACGAGUACAUUUUACGAGCAAUGAUGUCAAGUCUGGGGACGCGUCUAUAAACGUCACAAAUCUGCAGUUAUCUGAUAUUGGCAUCUAUCAGUGCAAGGUGAAAAAAGCUCCUGGGGUCGCAAAUAAGAAAGUUCUGCUGACCGUUCUUGUUAAGCCUUCAGGAACAAGAUGUUUCGUGGAUGGAUCAGAAGAGAUUGGAAAUGACUUCAAACUAAAAUGUGAACCGAAAGAAGGUUCACUUCCGCUGCAGUAUGAAUGGCAGAAAUUGUCAGACAGCCAGAUAAUGCCUACUCCAUGGUUAGCAGAAAUGACUUCACCUGUUAUAUCUGUGAAAAAUGCUAGUUCUGAGUAUUCUGGAACAUACAGUUGCACAGUCCAAAACAGAGUGGGCUCUGAUCAGUGUAUGCUACGACUAGAUGUUGUACCUCCUUCAAAUCGGGCUGGAAUGAUUGCGGGAGCCAUCAUAGGAACGCUGCUUGCUCUUGUGCUCAUUGGUGCCAUCCUCUUUUGCUGUCACAGAAGACGCAGAGAAGAGAAGUAUGAAAAGGAAGUGCAUCAUGAUAUCAGGGAAGAUGUGCCUCCUCCAAAGAGCCGGACAUCCACUGCCCGGAGCUACAUUGGCAGCAACCACUCCUCUCUGGGAUCCAUGUCUCCCUCCAACAUGGAAGGGUACUCCAAGACUCAGUAUAACCAAGUCCCCAGCGAAGACUUUGAACGUGCUCCUCAGAGUCCAACUCUGGCCCCCGCUAAGGUAGCUGCCCCUAAUCUAAGUCGAAUGGGAGCGGUGCCUGUGAUGAUUCCAGCACAGAGCAAGGACGGGUCCAUAGUAUAGAGCUCGGCACCUCCCUCCUGCUCUCCGUGUUCCUUUCUUCUCUUGACACAUCAAAACUUACACUAUUCUCAUUUUUUUUUAAUGGCAGCCCCAACACACACACACACACAUAUGAAGAAGUUAAUAAGAAAUGAUGAGAAACAUGCUCCACAUAUUACAUAUUUUUGGGAGGGGGGGGCCAAGUUAUAGUGAAACAAUAAAGGCUAAAUAGUAAUGGAUUGACCACCAGGGGAAGAUGGGAUUUCUUAGCAAGUUUGAAUUUUAAGGGCAUCUGAAUAAUAAUACUUAAGAAAAUAUGGCACUUUGAAUAUGGAGUCAUGGGUGAAGAAAUCUGUAAAUUUACAUACAUACCAAGUUGAUACUUGAAUCAUCUGGAAAUGAUACUUUGUACUUUCUACCAUUAUUUUUUAGGUUGUCUGUCUCAUUUAUUUAUGAACAACAGUAUCUCUCAAAUUUCACAAACAUCCAUAGAAAAACUACUUAACAUAUGACUUUGUUUUUGUAGUCUUUGUGAGAAUUCGUUUUUUGUUUUGUUUUUCAAGACAGGGUUUUUCUAUGUAGUCUUGGCUGUCCUAGACUCACUUUGUAGACCAGGCUGGCCUCAAACUCGCAGAGAUCCACCUGCCUCUGCCUCCCUGAGUGCUGGGAUCACAGGUGUGCACCGCCAUGCCCAACUCAUCUCUCUGAGAUUUCUAAGUGCAUUUGGGAUAUCACUAAGAGUGGAAGACACUACAGAGUUUUAGAAAUGACUAGUUUCACUUCUAGAUCAUUUGUAAACAUCGUCUGUGAAAUGAUCUCUUUGUUUUCUUUUUGUGUUUUGUUUUGAGGUAGGGUCUCAGUAUUCAGCCUAGGCUGGCCUCAAAUCAUGACCCUUCUGCUUCAGCUUCUUGAAUGCUGAGAUCACAGGUCUGCAUUCUGUACUGCCUGUAGAACGGCUCCUUAAGAAUUUUAACCAGUACACUGCAGAUGCAACAGAAAAUAGUAACCUUUCGAAUGCUUCAAAAAGAAGCACCUGUCAGAUCCAGAAGCAUUUGCUUUUGCUACACACAGAAGUGAAACCCUUGAUACAACCUGGGCGUAGGGGUGGGUCCGGGGAUAGAGCAAUGUAUCUGUGUCUUAAGGCCUGUGGACGUCUGUGAAACAGACCAGACAGCUUGAGGUUGCCGAUUUGUCAGUCUACAACUAAACACUGGACUUCCACUUCACAUGAUGUUUUUGCAAUUUAAAAAAAAAAAAAAAAGGAAGAAAGAAAAACAAUAACAAAUGUUAGUUCAUUUAUCAUCUGGCAGUUAUAGAAGAGAAUCCUUAAAUUAUUGAGUUUUAAAUGUGUUUUUGUUUUGUGGCAGACUGUACUGCACAUUUUAUGUUGUAGAAGCAUAUAAUCUAGGCUUACUGUCUGGAGUACAGUUCCUGGAGGCUGUUUUUCUCCAAGACUCUGAACAAAAUAGCCUUGAGGCAAGUUAAGUUUCUUCCACCAGGCUUGGGCAGUGAGCUUUCUGUCCUGUGGCCAAACCUGCCUCUCUUUUGCUGUCACAGUUCAAGUUUGAGUCUUAGUUUUGUGAAAGUGACUUAUUCUUAAAAGAAAUUUAAAAGGAGUAAAGGGAAUACUCCUAACUGCCAAAUGUAUUAAAUAUAGUUUUCGUAGAAAAAAAAAAGAGUGAAUUUAUUGUAUUUCCCUUAAGAUUAUAAGGGAGCGUGUGUAGAGUAUGAUGAACCAGCAAUUCCUUUAUAGUAGAUAAGGUCUGUAAUAAGAGAUUUCAUUAACUCCCAGACCUUUCCGUAGGGAAUUGGUUUCUGUUAAUCUCUUCAGGUGCUGUGCUGGUAAAUGCGACAUUAUCAAUUAAUGUUGGCAUGCGUUUAUGAUUAGACAAGAGUAUUGUGUAUACCUUUUAAUGGUGAAUUUAAGCUGAAUGUCCAUGUAAUGGAUUAGUGUACAGUUUUACAUAUUUGGAAGCAUUUUGUAAAGUAGGUUUAAACUUCCCAUAAAAUUUCUUUUUAUAUUUGUGUUGUUUUCAUCUGUGCCUUUUUGGGUAAUUUAAUUUCUACUAUGACUUUCUGGUGCCUAUGAGCUGGCUAUCACCUACUUGAAAGGUGCUUAGAGGUGAAGGUACUGUUUUCAGAAGGGUAUCACUGUGGCUCCUUUCUAUCCUUAGAGUCUCAAUCUUGCCUGUUCUCUGCUUUUUUUUAUUUCAAUUAAAUGAUACCAUUGUUUAUAAAGAUUUAAAAAAAGAAACUUCACAUCCCUAUUACUCUCUGACCGUGUGUCUGAUUUAUAACUCUAGCCACAUUUGACUGUCAGGUGUUUGGCAUUUUUAUAAGAUAUUACAAAAAUUAAUUAGAAUGUAAAUUUUAAUGAUUUUUAUAUAAUGAAGAUUAUGCUAAGUAGAAAUUACUAUAGAACGAUAUGUAGAAUCUUUUCCUUUCCUUUGACUUCCUAUUUAUUUAAAGGCAAACAAAACCUAAAGUAUCCGACUGUCUCAGUCCAGAUCUGUAGCAACUAUAACCUGAAAAGACAAGCUUGUUUGAAAAAUAAAACACUAUAAAAGCUGACAGAUGUAGAGGAUAUAGAAUUAGAGAUACAGUUAAAUUUUAGGCUUUGGUCUGCAGUUACUUGUUUCAAGGUCAGACAAGUAUGAGUAGUUUCCCGAACAAUUCUCACUGAUUUUGGUUGAACCAGGGAGCAAGUAUUUGUUCUAGAAUCAGUACUGAUAACAGUCAACAGUUCAACAACUGCAUUGAUGCAUACUAACUAGGGAGCCAGUACAAGUUCAGAGUCAGCGCUGUGUCUUCACAGCAGACCUUUUUGAUUCCACUUUAUACCUGAGAAACUUAGAACCAUAUUUGAAUGGUACAUGGGGUAAUGUGGAAAGAAAUGACACUAUCGAUUACGUCGCCUGUGCUCCGAAUACUAAACAGUUUAUGAGUGUUGUUAUUGAUAAUCGUACUGAUAUUUUCCUGUUAGAAUGCUUCCCUGCUGCUCAAAUUCUUACAUUGAUUUCCCUGAAGAGUUACAUAGACAAAUAUUUCUUUACAUUUGAGUUAUCUACCAAGGAAUUAUUAGAAUGGAAACUGUUUUUGGCAGGGAAGAUCCAUCUAGACUAUGGAAAUGCCUAAUGUGGCUGUACACACCUAUGGCCCCAGAACUCUAAAGGCACAGGAGGACGCUGCAUUUGAGACCAGCUCAAAGCAAUCCUGAGCUGAACUGAGAGAUCUGAUACCUGGGGAUUGAACUCAGUGGUACAGCGUUUUGUUUAGAAUGGGCAACAACUGAGGUCUGAAUCUGAAUUCUUUUAAGAAAUGGAUUUCAGAUUGUGACUUGGCAAUUGAGUGAAGAGGCAAGUAAACUUUUUGUUUCAAAAGGACACUCACUGCAUGGAGUUGGCUAUCUGCUGACGUGUGACUUACUAAAUAGCUAUUGUCUCUAUGUAUACAGCAUGUAAAUUUGAAGCUAUGUGAACAUUCAUAGGUUUUCGUUUUUCUAAGUUUUUUUUCAACAGUGUUUAGAGUGCUCUCAGCUGCCUUAUUUCAUUGUGAACAAAAAAAGUCCAUAUUCUAUGUGGUGAAUGCUUUAAAUGUGUCACAGUAGUGUGUAGAAAAAGGCUGGCACAAUUUUAAGUGGUUUGUGACAUAUAUUAUAUAUGUACAUAUAUCUUUAUAACAUUCUUGUGUUUCAUAGUAUAAAUGUUCUGGGCAAGUUUUGAUAUUUCAAAUGCUUCUGGAUAUUCCAGCAAUAAAGGCAACAUGUUCUUCAAGAGAAUUUUUUGUUUGCCUACUUUGACACUAAAAUAAUCCAUGUUUGAGCAAGACUUCUUUGGAAAAUACUACAGAAAGAGGGAAUAUAAUUUGUGAAUUGUGGUUCUUUCUGUUUUAGGAACAUUUUAGUCUGGAAUUUGAUCCUAAGCUCUAAGAUCAAGCUUACAAAAUAUGUGCCCCUGUUUGUAUAGAAUAUAGAAACCAUCAGUUGGGUUUGAUGUUAAUCAGACAUAGAGUUCUGCCAAUGAUGAGCCCUCUGUUUUCUAAUUUAAUGACACAGGUAAAAAGAGGACCACAAUUCACCGAUUGACUUAUUCUUGUCCCUAAUUGUGAAUUUUGGCUAUAAACAGAGUUGUACUAAGAAUACUAACUUGACACCCCCACAUUUGCAAAGUAGGAUUCGUAGUGUCAGUUUCAGAUUUGCUAUUUUAAAUUUCUGGCUUCCAUAUCCAAAAAUACAGAUUUUAAAGUUUGUAAGAAAACUUUGUUUAAAAACAGAAACUUGCUCUUAGUUUUGUGACCUUGUGUACUUUUGAAAUAAAAUGAAAAAAGCAGU